GAUUCGACUUCACCAAAGCCUAUAAAUAUAUCCCCUCAAACCAAUCCUUCCCACCGUAGGAUUCGACUUCACCGAAGCCUAUAAAUAUAUACCCUCAAACCAAUCCUUCGCAUUCUCUUGUCUUCUGCGUCUUGGCUCUCUCCCAUGGCGAAUUUCAAUUUUCCUGAUCGCAUCGUCGACGAUCCCUCUCCUCCUUCCCUGCAGUGCACAGAGCUAGGGUUUGGUGCCAUCGAUUUGAAUGCUGAUCCCGAUUGUGGUUCAGGAGGCGACGAUCUCUGUUCUCCCUCGCCACGGUGCAUGGAGCUAGGGUCUGGUGCCAUUGCUGGGACAAUCGAUUUAAAUGUGGAUCCCGGUUAUGGUUCCCCGCCGAGGUGUGUGAAACUAGGGUUUGGUGCCAGUGCUGGGAUAAUUGAUUUGAAUAUGGAUCCUGAUUGUGGUUCACGAGUCGGCGAUCCCUGUCCUCCCUCACUGCAGUGCACGGAGCUAGGGUUUGCUGCUGGUGCUGGGAUAAUCGAUUUGAAUGUGGAUCCCGAUUGUGGCUCCCUACCGAGAGCACGGUUCAGCAUUGUGGAGGCUUUGGAGGUCGGCAAAAUUGACUCCUAUUUCGGUUCAGAGGAGUUCUCUCGUGCGCUAUCGGGUUUCGCCGCCCUGCAGCCGAUCUCAAUGGCGCUGCCGUUUGAUCAUUCGACGACCCGGGACGAGGAGGAGGAAUGCCGCACGCCGAUCGAUCGAGAAAGCAGGCUGGCAUUCGAAGUCACCAGCUGCCCGCCGGCUCCGAAGAAGCCGCCAAGAGCGCCUUCGUGCAAGCGCAGGCUGCUGGAGCUGGAGCUCGUAAGCGUGAGGCUCGAAGAGAUCGAGAGUUGGCUCCGGUCCAAGGAAUGCGGCGCGAAGAGGCCGCGGCAGCCGCAGAGUGGUAGCUUUUAGCAGUUCGUUUUCUUCUGCGAUGAUACUGUGUAGGUGUAGCUUUUCUUGAUGUUUAGUACAUGUUUUAUGUAUGUAACGGACAAGUAGAUGAGUGAUACUCGGCGGUUGUUAACGAACCAGUUAUUGUUUGGUUAUUUUACUUAAAGAUUGGUGCUUUGCUAUUAAUCUAAGUUUAAACAUUUCAAA